CCGCGUAUGGGUUUACAUUGCAUUUGAAUUUCAAAAAUUAAAGAAGAAAGCAAGAAAAGCUGAUAAAGCCUUGAAUAUAUAUUAUAUAUUUGCGCGUUUUUAAAUUCAAAUAUAAGUUGUUAAAGUUUUGUAAAAUUGUGUAUUUUGUCUAGUGUUUGCGUUUUUAAAAGAAAUGGAUAUCGACGAAAAAGAUUUACCAUUCAAAAUUGAAUAUGCUAAAACAGGAAGAGCCAGCUGCAAAGGAUGCAAAACCGGCAUUGGUCAAGGGUCUUUGAGACUUGCAGUGAUGGUUCAGUCAUGGAAAUUUGAUGGAAAGCAGCCUAAUUGGUACCAUGAGCAUUGCUUUUUUAAUAAGCAACGCCCUGGAUCGGAGGGUGACAUUGCUAACUUUAAUAAUAUUAAAUUAGCUGAUCAAAAAAGGAUUAGAGAAAAAAUAUCUGAACUUGGUGGUGCUGCUGUUGUGAUGCCGAAAUCUGGGAAAGGUAAAAAACGCUCGGCAGCUGAAAUUGCUGCGUUAAAAGAUUUUGGCGUUGAGUAUUCCAAAUCCUCCAGAGCAACAUGUCGAGGGUGUGAACAAAUAAUAACAAAAGGUGAUGUUCGUAUUCAAAAAACUGUUUUUGAUACUGAAGUGGGAGCAAAAUAUGGCGGACAACCAUUGUGGCAUCAUGUUGAUUGUUUUGUACAAUGUAGAAAUGAUCUAGGCUACUUUGAAUCAGGGGAAUUUCUACCUGGAUUUGGGAAUUUAUCUAAAGAAGAUCAGAAGCUUGUGAAAGAAAAAUUGAAAAAAGUCAAGCAAGAAGAGAUCCCAGAAGUUAAGAAAGCUAAACUUGAACCAAAAGAUGAAGCUGCGGAUGCCGAAUUUGAAAAAAAUCUUGAAAAGCAACAGAAAAUUUAUGAUAAAUAUUAUGAAGUUGUUACAAAAGUUAUGACUAAAAAUGAUUGUUUAGAUUUGUUAGCAUACAACAGUCAAGAGCCAGUUGCAAAUGAUACGGGAAAGCUUUUUAAUCAAGUUGCUGACAUGUUAGCAUUUGGAGCGUUGAAACCAUGCACUGUUUGCAAUAGUGGCCAGUUACAUUUUAACAAAACUGGUUAUUUAUGCAACGGAAAUUUAACAGAGUGGACGAAAUGUGCAACAUUUGUUAAAGAGCCCGAAAAGCUUCAAUGCAAGAUACCAGAUCAUAUUAAGGAAAAAUAUAAAAAGCUUCAAAAAUAUAAGGAAAAACCAACAAUCCGUCUCGUAAAGUAUGUGGCUCCAAGUGCUGCAACUUUAGUGAAGUUGGCAAAAAAAGAAGAGGAUCUAAGUACUGGCCCCAAAGUAAAGCGAGAACGGCCGCCUUUAUAUAAUUUUAAGGUUGCUAUUCAUGGCCUCAAAGAUGAAGAAGAUAAAAUUAAGAAAUUGGUGGAAAAAUUAGGUGGGAGCAUUACGAAGUCUAUAAAUGAAAAAACUACAAUAAUUAUUUCUGAAGAAAAAGAGGUUGAGAAAAUGGGGAAAAAAAUGUUAAAAGCUAAAGAGCUUGGGAUUCAUAUUGUUCCAGUAGAAUAUUUACACAUAGUUAAAGAAGACAAUACUGGGGCUAUUUCAUUUAUUUCCAGUAAAACAUUGUGUGACUGGGGCACAGAUCCAAGUCCUCGUUUAGCUCACGAAGAACAACUUAGGAGUGAAAAUAAAUCAAAAAGCAUGUACACAAAAUCAAUACCCAAAUCAGUAACCUUGAAAUUGAAAGGGGGCUCCGCUGUGGAUCCUGAUUCGGGUUUGCAAGAUAGUACUCAUGUAUACAAAAAAGGUGACAAUAUUUAUAAUGCAGUUUUGGGUUUAACUGACAUACAAAAGAAUAAAAAUUCUUAUUAUAAAGUACAAGUCCUCGAAAGUGACCAUGGUCAUCAAUACUUCGUAUUCAGAAGUUGGGGUCGCAUUGGAACAACCAUCGGUGGAACCAAACUUGAAUCUUGCAACAAUCUUCUUGAAGCGUUGCAUAGUUUUGAAGUUUUAUAUAAAGAAAAAACUGGCAAUGAUUUCUAUGAUCGUCAUAAUUUCCAAAAAAUUGCUGGUUUUAUGUAUCCGAUCGAUGUUGAUUAUGGAAAUGAGGAAACAGCGAAAUUAAAUACAGAACAUCACAUUAAAUCAAAACUUCCAACUCCAGUUCAGGAUCUCAUUAAAUUAAUAUUUGAUGUUGAUGCAAUGAAAAAAGUUAUGCUUGAAUUUGAUUUAGAUAUGGAUAAAAUGCCAUUGGGAAAAUUAAGUCAAAAACAAAUUCAAAAUGCUUAUAAAGUUUUGACAGAAUUAUCCAAACUUAUAAGUGAAGGGGGGACAAAUUCACAAUUUAUUGAUGCUACAAAUCGUUAUUACACAUUAAUUCCUCAUAACUUUGGAGUAAACAAUCCUCCCAUAUUAGAUACAGCUGAACAGAUUAAACACCACAGUGAUACUUUGGAUAAUUUGCUAGAAAUAGAGUUUGCUUACAAUUUGAUAAAAGGUGAAAAGGGUAAAGAAGGUGAAAAAGAUAGUGAAGUUAAUCCUAUUGACAAACAUUAUGAACAACUUAACACAGAAAUGGAACCACUUGAUAAAAAUUCGGAAGAAUUUGAAACAUUAUGCAAAUAUGUUCAGAAUACUCAUGCAGAAACACAUCGUAUGUAUGAUCUAGAAGUUGUGGACAUAUUCAAAGUUGUUAGGAAAGGUGAAUUACGUCGCUUUAAGCCAUUCAAAAAAUUACAUAAUCGUAAGUUAUUGUGGCAUGGAUCAAGACUAACAAACUUUGCCGGUAUUUUGUCCCACGGCUUAAAAAUUGCACCACCAGAAGCACCUUCAACUGGUUACAUGUUUGGUAAAGGUAUUUAUUUCGCAGAUAUGUCAUCCAAGUCAGCGAAUUAUUGUUUCACUAGUAAACAAAAUAACGUUGGUCUUAUGUUGUUAUCAGAAGUAGCGCUUGGAGAUAUGUAUGAAUUAACGAAUGCAAAUUACAUAACUAAUUUGCCGAAAAAUAAACAUAGUUGCAAAGGUGUUGGUCGGACUCAUCCUAACCCCAAAGAGUCUAUAUUCCGAGAAGAUGGUGUUGAAAUACCGCUUGGAAAACCAAUUACGGAUGAUAAACUAAAGUCAUCUCUUUUGUAUAACGAAUAUAUUGUCUACGAUGUUGCCCAAGUAAAUGUUCAGUAUUUGUUGAAAUUAAGUUUCAACUAUAAAUAUUAAGAAACUUUCGAAUUCCAAAAAAAAGAAAUUUUGGUUUUUUUUUCUGUUAACAUUAUGAAGUUUAUAUUUUUGUAUUUCUGUUUGAUAAAGCUUUUGACUCCUAUUAUAACAAUAACAAUGAACAGUAAAAAUAUAUUUACUAUGAUUC